GCUUUAUCGAAAUUUCGUCUUCUGCAAAUAGAAAAGUUGUAUGGUAUUACGCAAAAAAUAUCGAAAACAUUCAAAACUAUAUUGAAUUUUUUAAUUCGAUUAAAUCAGAAUUAGUCGAGUUACUUAAAUCACAAGCGUCUAAACAUCCAAUCAAGUUUAAUUUAAAGCUGGAAGCUACAUACAAUAUUCCAAAUGUUGAUAAUACAUCAGAGAACCGUUCAUUUAAGACCUCAGCUAGACCGAUUUUUGCCGAAACUGGUGUACGGGAAAUUGUUGAAGAAGGCAUUAUAAAAUUAAUGGCUGAACAAGACGAAUAUUCUAGCAAGGGAAGUGGUUAUACGCUACAGUGUAUUGACUGAAUAUUAUUAGGUGUUUAUCAAUAUACGCCUAUGAGCGCAUCGUCUUAUAUUCCGUUACCGGACUUCAUUGAAAAGAAAAAAGCUGUAAUCAACCCGCAAAACUCAGACCAACAGUGCUUCAAGUGGGCAAUUUUAGCAAAACACGUUACGGGAUCGAAUAAACAACGUAUAGAAAAUUAUACAACGCACGAAGAAAAAUAUAAUUUUUCCGGUCUCACGUUCCCAACAAAAUUACAUCAGGUUAACAUUUUCGAAAAAAAUAAUCCUAAUGUAACUGUCAAUGUUUACGGACUCGAAAAACAUUUCCAACCACCGCAAAAAUUUCCGAAAUAUGAAGUGUUUCCAUUGAAGGUGGUAGAUGAAGAAAAAACAGAUCAUUUCGACUUGUUACUAAUAACCGAUGAUGAUGAAAAUUCUCAUUUUACCUACAUCUCUAAUUUUUCCCGACUGGUGCGAUCACAGAAAACCCGACAUAAUGGACGUGCUGUAUUUUGUAAACGGUGCUUUACAUCGUUUGAACCUCUAAAUAUUAAUAAAUAUGAAUUAAAUGAACGCAUACGAUUUGAAGAACACAAGUUAAUAUGCGGAACACACAAACCAAUUUUACCUCGAAUGCCUGCUCCCGGAUCGAUGUUAGAAUUCGACGCAUGGAAAAAAACUCAACGACAUCCGAUAGUUAUAUAUGCUGAUUUUGAAGCACUACUAAGAAAAUCCGAUGAAAAAUGUGGAAAUAAUACAAAAGCUAUUCAAAAACACGAGGCCAUGAGUUAUGCUUUUAUGGUUAAAGCAAAUAACGACGUUCCCGCAGAACUGCUUGAACAAUUUAAUAUUCCAACUCCACCUAUAAUUUUUCGUGGCGAUGAAGAUAAUCAGAAUGUGGGUGAACAUUUUGUGAAGAGUAUCGUUGAAAUAGCUGAAAACAUUGAAAAAUUACUACAAACCAACAUACCCAUAACCUUUACUGCAGAACAACAACAAGCACAUAAUUUAUGUAAGACAUGUAAUUUAUGUAAAAACGGUUUCUCUGUGGGAAACCAUAAAGUUGCUGAUCACUGUCACUUAUCGGGUAAAUUUCGACAAACAUUGUGUAAUACCUGCAACCUCAAGCUUCAAACACCAAAUUUUGUACCAUGUUUUUUUCACAAUUUAUCGAAUUAUGAUGCACAUUUUAUUAAAAAUUCAUUUCAUUUUCAAAACACGUUUCCAACAACUUUUCAAUACGGUUCAUCGACACAUUAA